AUGAAUGGUCCAGCUUCUCAGCUUAUGAAUUAUCCAAUUGUUCGACGAGACACAAUUAUAGAUGAAAAUGCGAUGCAGCAUCUUUUGCUUCAUGAAAGCAUAUGGAGCCAUGCUUUCAAGAAAAAGAGAAAGCGAGGGGCUUCUGUCAAUCGUCCUUCCAAACUGAAAAGAUUCGUGUCUUUACUACAGAUUAUUUAUGACAAAUCUCGUGUACAUUAUAUAGUUCCAAUUAUUCUUCUCAUUGCAUAUUCCGUACUGGGCGGAUUGAUUUUUUGGUCUAUCGAACGCCCUAACGAAGAGCUAAUGUUAGCGGAUAAGAGAAAUUACAUUGCUGCGUUGACGGAUGAUUUAGUAGAAGUGUUGAUGCAGAUUCACAACCGGUUGAUUGAUUUCAACAGGGCUUACAGCAACAAUACUUACUUGUUAAUGAUACACUAUCGAGGAUAUCGCAAGUUUGCAUUAAACCAGAUUCACAAGAGUGUAUACUGGUACACCUUAUCCACUUUCUAUCUUACGGAACAUGAGAUGCAUAAAGUGGUAGCUCUCCGUCCAAAGAACCCUGAGCAGUUGUGGAAAAGACACUUCGAGAGUAACUUUGGGAGAAUUCGUGCUCUGAAAAAUUAUACAGAACAGUUGUGCUUACGCUGUUGGGAGUUAGGUGUGGAAGGCGCAAAUCAUGGAUGGACGAGAUAUAAUUAUAGUCUGAUGGUGAAUCAAAGUGUUGAAGAGUAUAACAAUUCAGUUGGUCUCGGUCAUGUUUUGACACCAGUUUGGACUUUUUGGAAUGCAAUGUUUCUAGCAGUAACCACAUAUACCACAAUUGGAUAUGGUAACAUUACUGCCAAGACUAAACUAGGAAAGUUGGCUGCAAUGGUUUAUGCUGUCGUCGGAAUUCCUUUGGUUCUUAUGAUACUUCAUAAAUCAGGUCGAUUAUUUUUAAUGGGAUUAGAACACAUGUGGGAUUUUAUUUUGAGAAUCACUGAUAGUUUCUGUGUUGGAUCGGGUAAACAACGGGUUCGGAACACUGGUGAAGAUAGAAUAUCCGAAAUGCCUCUUAUUCUCGCUAUAGGUGUCGCAUUUGGCUGGAUGUUCUUAUGUGCCGCAAUAUUCUUGAGAUUUGAGAAGGAUUGGGAUUAUUUCAAAAGUUUUUACUUUUUCUUCUGUUCUCUCACUACAAUUGGAUACGGUGAUGUGACUCCGACAAAUAGUGAAGAUAUGUUCAUUAUAUUUGGUUUAAUUAUUAUCGGACUGUCAUUAGUGUCUAUGUGCAUUAAUGUCAUCCAACUGAAAUUGGAAAAGCUUUUCGAGGAGCUCCUUCUUACUUUGAUGGAGGAACUGAAUGCAGAUCCCGAUGGCACUCGCUUGAAAGCUGGUACAAUUGGCGCGCGAGAAAUGUGGAGAGCUUGGAAAAAACGAAGAGAAAAAUUGAGUAAUGGUUUGGAGAAAGCAAAAGGAGCUCGGAAUGCAGCAAAUAAAGCAAGCGAGAAUUUCGUGAAGAUGUUGCCGUUCUCUAGAAAACGAGAACGUCAGCACCUGAUAGCUGAACUUCAAAAGAAACUUCAACGAAAGGAAAAAAGUACUCAAACUGAUUUCGGCUACCCUCACUGUGAAGAAGCAUACACAGAGACAAGUGAUGUUGACAGCUGUAUCACGGAUUUCCGUCAUUCAGUCAUCUCGGAUAAAUCGACUCAUCACUUACUAUUGAUACCAGAUGGUCCAAUUUGCGGACCGUCUCGUUGUGAGAGUCGGCCAGUUGUUGCAAUGGCAGAAGCAUCAUUAUGUUCCUCAUCUUCUGUCAACCCGUCUUCAUAUCCUUCGUCUCAUCGUCUGAGUUCCACUAUCCCAUCAUCAUCACCAGGAUCUAGAACCUCAGCUCCAUCCGCUGCGAGUUCAGCCAAAUCUGCCCCAGCUGCUAGUCCUAGCAGGCAACCUCCAGUUGUAGAUUUUGAUCCCAGUCGCCGAUGGACAUUUGUAGCAACAAAUCGAAAUAAUCAACGCGGAUAUCCAAGAGGAUUGGUAGUCCCAUAUAUGUACACCAGACCAUUAAGUUCAACCGUUCAUACCACUGAAGUACGACGUUUAUUAGCAGAAAUAGAAGCCCGUCUUCAGGAUUGUCGAUCGCUUGCUACACCAACAAACUCUAUUCGUGGAACUGUUUCCGAGAGAUCUUUUUCAAGAUCUGUUGUCUCUGACACUUCGAUUCCGGAAGAAUUAUAA